AUGGUCGGGGACAGAUCAGGGAACAGCGUGGCGACGUAUCUUCUCAAGAGCUUCCUCAGCUACAGGGAGUAUGCUCUCUCCUCAACAAAGUGCACAAGGCAAGCAGUGUAUCUCCGCAAGAGCACCUACCUUCGCGGUAACCCAUCAGCGGACGCCACAACUAUCAGUUCGCCUAUAGGCAGUUUGAAUACGGGCUGGCGAGUUUCUUCCUGCCAAACCACCCUUGACCUACAUCACGGUCAGGAGAACAUAGACUUUGAGCCUCCUAUCGAGACCAUUCUCGAGCAAGGCCAAGAGGAGGAAGACUACGCUCACCCUGGAGCAGCUGGCGAAGGGAGGAAGUCAGCGGCUAACACCGCACUUGAGAGCAUCAACACGCUAAAAGCCUGGAACCAGUUCCAGGACAAAGCGAUCAAGUCCCUCCUCAAGACCGUGAAGAAGAUGGGGAAGCGCAUCAAGCAGCUGACCAAGGGCAAGAGCAAGUCUCCCAGCCACGACUCCGACAACACUCCUCCGAUACACCUCGGUUCCUAUCAUGACGACGACGUAGUCGAGGACUCCGAAGAAGGUGAUGAAGGCUCCUCCAAAUUCCAAACGGCAGAGACCUCAACCAGGAAGAGGAAGGCCUCGAAGUCACCUCAAGCGAGCACAAAGGGUGAUUCCACAUCAUCCUCCUCCUCAGAUUCUUUCUGA